CCCUUCCAAGAUGGCAGCCAACAGUAGCAGCACGGGUAGCAAAUCCAGCAACACCCCCGGCGGUAAACAGUCCGGCCCCUCAGCUGAACAGGUGGUGGCAACAUUUCAGAGGAUGCGUCAGGAACAGCGUAAUAUGGCCUCUAAAGCUGCAGAGCUGGAAAUGGAUAUCAAUGAGCACAGUUUAGUAAUUGAAACACUGAAGGAAGUAGAUCCUUCAAGGAAAUGCUUCCGUCUGGUAGGAGGGGUGUUGGUGGAGAGGACAGUAAAAGAAGUUCUACCUGCCUUAGAAAACAACAAAGAACAGAUCUCCAAAAUAAUCGACACCAUCAACACACAGAUGCAGACGAAAGGACGGGAACUCACAGAGUAUAGAGAGCGCUACAACAUUCGGCUGGUGGGAGAGGGUGAAGGGGAGACGCAGGGCCAAUCAGCAGCGUCCUCCAGAGACAGCGAAGGAGGUGGAUCUAAAAGUGGAGCUGGAGUUUUGGUGUCAUAAUUUGUAAGGAUGGACAUUUGCAGUAGGGCCCUUUGAUUUGUGGAGCAACAAAAACCCAGAUUGAGUCAGAUUGUUCAGGUGGAAAUAUCCUAACUCCACACAGGAUGACUUUUGAUUAGGCAAAUACUAAAUUUUCUGUUAAAUGUAAAGGACUUGGUUGCUUGCAGACUCAAACAGUGUAUAAAGUGCUCUGCUUGGAUUGUGAAUGCUAGUUUGUAUCCAAAUUAAUGCAGUUUUAUCUUGCAUUUGAAUUAAAGUUUUUUUUUUUUCCAGAAAUACUGUCAUACAUACAACUGCUUCAAACACUUGAAUUUUUGCAUAAAUGUUAGUGAUUUGCAUACUAUCAAAGUAAAUAUAAUUGUGCUGCCUUUGAACACAGAAAAUGUUUUUCUUAUGGCAAUAUUAAUUGAUGCUGGGAUUAGAACAAUUU